AUGGUAUCCUUUUCUUGUGAGAACUGUGGAGAUGUCCUCACCAAAAAGAAACUAGACCCGCAUCGCAAUCAAUGCCAUGGCGCUUCAUACACCUGCCUCGACUGCAUGGUUCACUUCCCUGGCACCAGCUACAGGGCCCAUACGGCUUGUAUCACGGAAGAUCAAAAGUACCAGGGCAAGCUUUACAAGGAGAAGAAGCCCAAGGGUCAACAGCAAAAGAACGAUGACGCUUCCCGCAACAAUUCCCAGGCUCUCACUGCCCACAACGCCCAUGUCGAAGAUGCCCCCAACGCAGAUAAUACGUUAGCUGUCGUGGAUGCCCCUCCUCGCUGUCCCACCCCUCCUCCCGCGCCCUACUCGCUAGGCUAUCACGAGCAAGCAAGCCUUCAAGCCCCGAAUGUCUUUGAUUUCUUCGAAGGUUCAGAGACUCCCGCUGCCCCGCGAACAUACAGGCCUAUGGAUGAAUCGCGCAUGCUUGAGGACAGUGAGCCACCUGCGUACAGCCAACCAGCGGCAGGUAAGCAGGAUCAUGCGCCAUCUGCCACCGACGCCAUGGCCUACCAGGUCCAAGAUGAGAACCAAGGCUUUGCGUACGGCAGCGAGCCUCUCCGUCCGUCAAACGAACGCUACGACUCGUACACGACUCCUGCUCCCAAGUCGAAGCACAUGAGAACCAGGUCACGCGACACAGAUGUGGAGACCACCAGCAAGAAGACUGAUCGCAAGCGGAAGCGCAAGAGUUCACCCACCGAACUAGACUUGUCGCUUGUUCGCGCUCGCGAGCAAGGGGACACUACGAUGUCGGAUGCACCUCCCAGUUUCCACACUGGCCUCACUGGUGGACUGAACCGACUGCUUGCUCGCCCAGAGUUCCCGCCCUCACCAGAUGACUCUGGCGAGUUCGCCAAUUCACCCCUGAGCCCCAUCAAACGUGCGAAACAAGGCGACUCAAAAGCUCUUUUACGCGCACAAAAGGAUUGGGAGGUACAGCAACCAAAGCAACGCAAGACCGAAACGAAGGCGCGUGAGUCGGGCGAGAAGAAGGAGAAGAAGGAAAGGGGUCGUGAGCGCAACCGUGAGCGCAUCGAGCGCAAGAACGGCACAGCUCUGGUAAAGAUUAGGCCCAAGAAGAAGCGCGAAGAGUCUACGAAAGAGUCGCGUCGACAGCGCCGUCGACAAUACUCUUCCUCUGUCUCGCCGCCACCGGACCGAGAGGCUGUCAAAGCCAUCGAGUAUCGCCCUUCUGGAUCCGACUCGCCUGCACCCAAUGUUGAUGGUCAACUCAUGGUUCGCCCCAACGGCGACCUUGCAUCUAUCGUGCCCGAUGCUGACAGCCGAGCUGGCUUGUUCAUGUCCUUCAUCACCAAAGGACCUGACUCGGAGCGCGGGAUAAGCAUCAACAAGGCCUUGAAGAGAUAUCACCGUGAGCGCAGUGAUCAUCGUGAGCGGGUGCCCUCGAAGAUGGAUGAGGAGAAGGAGCUUUGGAAGGAUCUGCGCCUGAGGAAGAAUGAGAGGGGCGAGAUUGUCCUCUUCUAUGCUCCGCAAGAAACGUCCUGA